CAUGACUAGAGCCUUCCGUGAGUAAUCUGGAACCCCUGCUAAUUCUUGGCGGUGUCGCAGAAGCAAUCGGAUAAGCUUUCCUGGCACCUUACUCUCAAUCCCAGCAGCAACAGCUGCAGCUCCCAAGCAGCACGGCACGAACUAUAUAUAUAUGUUUAGAUCGUGGCCACACCCGUCGGUGGCACCCAACAUCCACUCAUCAUACAACAACUAUACCAAGUCAACUCAAUCCCAUCAACUUGGAAUUGGAAUUAGACCCAAGCAAGCAACAAUCACAGCCCCCAUGGACUCCACUCCGUCCUCCAGCUCCUCAUCCCCAUGCCCCUUCUGCACCAUCGCCCACACAUACCCGCCUCUCCCCCCGACAACGUUCCUCCGCCAACACCACCUAGACACAAAUCCCAAGAAUGUCCCCAACCCAGCGACCGUGUCGAUCCCCCCACAUUCAGAUCUCGAUACGAGUACGAGUACGACCCACCUCAUCCUCUCGACCCCGUCCCUCCUCGCCUUCCUAGACAUCAUGCCCCUAACGAGGGGCCAUCUCCUCCUUAUCACGCGGGAGCAUUAUGAGAAGCUGGGCGAUGUGGGGGUUGGGGUUAGUCGGGAGAUCGGCCAAUGGCUCCCCAUCCUCUCGCGGGUAGUGAUGCGUACGCUUUUCGGGGCGGACGCAGCAGCAGCCGACUGGCAUUGGAAUGUGGUGCAGAAUAACGGCGUCCGAGCAGCGCAGCAGGUUCCGCAUGUGCAUUUUCAUGUGAUUCCGCGACCGGAUUUGGGCAGUGCGUCGGGUGGUGGUAGUGCUGCUGCUGCGCGGCCGAGUUUCGUGAUGUUUGGGCGGGGGCAGAGGGAGGAGCUGGAUGAGGAGGAGGGGGAGGCGUUGGCGCGCGGGUUGAGGGAGGAGUUGGCGAGGGAGGUUGUUAAUGUUAAGAAGGUGGAGGGGGUGGAUUUGGAGGUGGGGUUUGGGGUUGGGGCCAGGGGGAGGCUUUAG